AUGGCUAGUGCAAGAUUGCAGCAGGUGCAGGGACAUCUGAGUGCGAGUGCGGGCGGCGGUCUGCUCGCAGGCGAAGUGGCGAUCAUCACUGGUGCUGCUCAGGGUAUUGGACGGUCCGCGGCGCUCUUAUUUGCCGCCGAGGGUGCCAAGGUCGUCGUAUCCGAUCUCGACGAGAAGAAAGCCCAGCUCGUCGUAGACGAGAUCAAGGCCGCGGGGGGCGAAGCCAUCGCCGUGGGUGGUGAUGUUGGCGCAGACGACUUCCCCGAGAAGAUCAUCAGCGCUACGAUCUCCGCCUUUGGGCAGGUGAACCAUAUCAUCAACAACGCCGGGUUCACGUUUGACAAGAUGCUGCAUACGAUGGCGGAUGACGCGUUUGACAUCAUCCAGCGGAUCCAUGUUCGCGCGCCGUUCCGCCUUGUGAGGGCCGCGGCGCCGUACUUGAGGUUGAAGGGCGAGCAGGCGGCAAAGGUGCCCAAUAGGAGUAUCGUCAAUGUUGGUAGUGUAGCCGGGUUGCACGGGAAUGUCGGGCAGGCAAACUAUUCUGCUGCCAAAGCAGCAGUCACCGGUCUAACCAAGACGAUCGCAAAAGAGUGGGGUCCGUUCGGCGUGCGCGCAAACACCGUCGCCUACGGGUACAUCCAGACCCGCCUCACGGCUGACAAAGGUGCAGGCGCGACGAUGGAGAUCGGCGGGCAGAAGAUCGCUCUGGGCAUCCCGAACGCUGACAAAGCCGCCCACGCAAAGGUCAACCCCAUGGUCCAGGGCAUCCCGCUCGGCAGGGCUGGCACGGCGGAUGAGGCGGCGAGGGCGAUGCUCUUCCUUUGUUCGCCGCUGGCGAGCUACGUGAGCGGGCAUACGCUCGAGGUUACGGGCGGCAGCAUGAUUUGAGUGACUUGUAUUGUACACCACUUGCAGCAAAACGCAGAUAUGCAGUUUCUCAGCGC